UUGCAUUCUCUGAAAUCAUCUUUUCGUAAUUCGAACAAUAAUAUCUUUAAUUGUCCUGUAAAGUUUAGAUCUUGAAUGUUGAACUAGUUCAUAUUGCUUAUGGUUUUUGGUCGGUCUGUGAUCAUGUUCACUAAAUGGAAAUUAUUCACUUGUCAAAAAUCUUUAGAACGGCGGCUUGUAAUAAUGUUUGAAUUGUGAUUGAAUAAUGUGUUUUGGGGCGCUCUCUAUUAAUCUCACAAUCAAUUUAUAGGUAAUGCAAAUGAGUCUAGUGCUGUUUUUAUCCUUAUAUCUAUCUUCAUCAGCUGGCAGAUGGUUUCUCUGUCUUGCACAGAUAGAUGAUCUUAUUCAUUACGAUUCCUCAAAAGGAGAGGAGACUUUGAUCUACAUCUUGACACUCGGAGUUGUGGAAACAUACAGAAACCGUGGAAUAGCAAUGUCACUUAUUAGUGAGGUGAUUAAUUAUGCUUCUGGUUUAUCGGUGUGUAGAGGAGUUUACCUUCAUGUGAUUGCACACAACAAUGCUGCGAUCUGUUUGUACAAAAGAUUGAUGUUCAGAUGCGUGCGGAGAUUACACGGAUUCUAUCUAAUCAAACGACAGCAUUUUGACGCGUUCUUGUUUGUCUACUUCAUCAACGGUUCUCGAACUCCUUGCUCACCCUUAGAGGUGGCGAUGUUUGUUGUGAAUUAUAUGAAGAGUGGCAUCAAGUUAGUGGCAUCUAAGCUGGUGAACAGGGAGGAGAAAGGUUUGAAAUGGCUGAUUUGCAAAGACACGGAUUGCGUCUUACCCUCGCAAACCAAACCGAAUCUCGGAUCAUCAUCGGUGUACGAAUUCAUUUAACUUAAAACUAUACUUCCGAUUCAUUUGAUUUCUCAUUGUGCUCUCUGUAAUGACUAAUGAAAAAGUAAAUAGUCACCGUUACUGUCAUUUGCAUCGAUGUAGUGUUUUUGGGUUUUUAUACGCUGAUCAUUACGUGUUAAUAAGGUGUUGGACGUUCUAAUGAGUUUUUCACCACCCUUCUUAA